UCUAGGAGCGCUGUGAUUCAACAUGUCGGCUCCAUCGCUUGUCAACAAUUUUGAGGUUCCAUCGUGGGCAGGGAAACCAGCUCCAGGACUUCAUCUUGAUGUAAUAAAGGAAGGUAAAAUGGUUCAGAAAUUGAUGAUAGAUGAAAAGAAAUGUUAUUUUUUUGGUCGGAAUAAACAAUUGUGUGACUUUUGUAUUGAUCAUGCAUCUUGUUCUCGAGUUCACGCAGCUUUAGUGUGGCACAAACAUCUAGCACGACCGUUUAUUAUGGAUUUAGGGAGUACACAUGGGACAUAUAUUGGACGAAUGAGGCUAGAGAAGCGAAAACCUCAACAGGUUCCUAUUGACAGUGAAUUACAUUUUGGUGCAUCAACCAGAAUAUACAUAAUUAGAGAACGACCGCAACCACUUGGUUUUGAUGACAAAGAAAAACAUGAUGAACAUGAAGGAAAUUUACUGGGCUUACCUCAAACAGAAACAGAAUUAGAUAACUUAACCGAAUAUAACACAGCCACCAAUCGGCGAAUAGCAUCUGUGGCAGAAGUAUCAAAUAAAAAUCCAUUAAAAAGAAAGAAAAAGGGAAUAUCACAUAUUUCCUUUAAUGAAGAUGAAGAAGUUAUUAAUCCAGAAGAUAUAGACCCAUCUGUUGGGAGAUUUCGAAACCUGGUUCAAACAACUGUUAUUCCAUCCAAACGCACUAAAAUUGAUCAUGGCUUAGUUCAACCAAGUAUGACAGACAGUAUAACCAAACGUUUACAAGACUUUUCUUAUGGAGCAGUCGGACUCUAUGGUGAUUUGCCCUCAGUGGGAAGUGUAAAUGCUGGCUCAACAUUAACCAGUACUUUCAGUAUGGCCUCAAAAUUAGGGCUAUCCAUGCCAAAUUUGGCUCCAGAUUUAGAUCCAGAAAUACCAGAACAAAAACCGCCAGAAUUAAGUGUUGUGUUCACGAAAGAAGACGUUUCAAAAGAACCACGCAAAAAGAAGUAUGCCAAAGAGGCGUGGCCUGGUAAAAAACCGGUUCAUAAUUUACUUGUGUGAAGAAUGUUAAAAGUGUAGUAACUGGUGAAAUAUCUGGACAGAGGCACCACAAUAAAAAGAAGUGAAGACAUCAAAUUUUUGUACGACAAUAUUCUUGUAUAUUUUUUGAUGUUAAUGUUAUUUUAUAUACUUUGGUAAUUAAAAUGACUAGACUUCUUUGAUUUGGGUAAAAUUGUUAGUUUAAAUACAUUUCCUGUAUUGAUAGCCAAGUUUACAACUGUUUACUUUCCCGAGCAGUGUUGACUAAUUAAUUUGUCUGUUAAUUAUGCAACACCUAUUGGGAAAGUACACAGUUGUAAAGCCAACACUCAUUAUCUAAUCUAGACAGACCAUUUUAAACUAUGCGAUAAUAGGAACCCAAUAGUUGUAGUUUCAAAAUGAAGAUUUAAGGAUGCAUUAUGUAAGAUUUACAUAAAGAGCUGUCCGCUCUUGCUAUAAUAGUUCAUAAAUAGAUAAUGCAAAAUGAAUAUAUUGAAAUUUUCAUUUAAAUUACUUGAUUUUAAGCUAAGUUAACACUGUUUGAAGUUUUGAUAAGAUGUGGCAUAGAUUGUUUAUUAUGGUAACAACAAUACUUGUUAUUCAAGACUUUUAAAUUAAAUCCUUAAAUGGCUAACAGUGUUUUAAUCCGUUUAAAUCUCCACCCCCUGAUGCUCUAGAGAGUUGAUUAUAGGCGUGUUAUGUGAAUAAAUGUCUAAAUAAUAGUUAAUUUAACUUUUGAAGCCAAAAUGAAGACCUUUAAUAGGAAGAUUUAGCUUUUAUGUAAUGCAUCUUUAAUCAUAUUUGUCCUGUCACUAAUCAAAAUAACAGAUCAGAUCCGCAUCACUAAACUCUUUAUUUUGACCGAAAUCAAAGAGGUUUAGCUCCUUGUAAAUGUAUUAGCCAAGUCAUUAAACCCCAUUUCAUUUCCUUAUAAAUGUUCCCUCGACCGUCCGUUAUUUGAUCCUCAAAACUCAAAUUUUAUCUGAAAGUAUGACCAACAUUUGUAAUGAUAAACAAAGAAUAAAAUUAUAGACUCUAAUUGCCUAAGCCCUUAUAAGUAACCAAUUUAAUUGUUACUGAGCAUCACCUAUUCAGACUGGCGUUAUCUUAGCACAGGAAUAUUCACUCGUUGCCAGGUAACACCAUGACCAGCAUUCAUCCAUUCAUUGUCUUGCAGUAGAGGGACAAUAAAAGCUUUCCUUGCAGUACAUGUAUCUCAGCAAGUAUAUUUUAUAAUUGUACAUAAACAGCAGUAAAACAUUAAAUAGCAGUACAUUAAGUGCAAAUGUUUCAACCAAUCACAAGAAAAUACAAUUCUUCCUUGAUGGUGUUAAACGAUCACAAACAUAUAGACUUUACAGUUUCAUUGGUGAAGACUUAUUAACACAAUAACUCUGCUUCUAAUUGAAGUAGAAUGAUCAGACUAUAGAUGUUCUUAAGUUGAAUGUCUUGACAUUAGCAUUUUCCAGUAAGGCGAAGCAGUUUAAGCAAUUUGAUUGGUUGAGACUUUGGAUCACGAUAACGUCAAGUUUAAUUGGGUAUGAAGGAUGAAACUUGGUGUAUAAGUUUCACACAUCACAACCUUGACCAAGUUCAAUCAUGAGCAUUUUCUACAGAGACCAGUAGAGUUAAGGAUGCUUUAAAAAAAAAGAUAAAUAUGCAAGUAAUUAGUCUCAUCAAUUUAUUUUGGUUGAGACAGGGACAUCAGCCUAACUGUUGUCUUGUUUCAUAAUACAGUGUGACCCCCCAAAAAACAGGACUUAUAAAAUUUUUAUUAAACCCUACAAAGGUCCAGCAAAUUUGAAGGCAAACUUGCAUACAUGGUGCAAAAUUGUCAAUUACUCGAACACAUUUCUCUUUGGGAAUUUUCCUGAUUAUCUCAAAGAUAAUGUGUUCCAGAACAACCCUUAAAUGAUUGGUGAAUUGAAAGCAGCAAUCACAGCAAAAAUCAAGGAAAUCUCCAAAGAAGAGGAAUGCGUUCAAGUAAUUGACAAUUUUGCGCAACUUAUGCAAGUUUGCCUCCAAUGCCGCGGAGGCCAUUUAGAAUAUAUUUUAGAAAGAAUGUGACUUUUAUGCCAAGCCACCAGGAUAACUGAAACUUUGGGGAAUGAUAUAUACAGACUGAUGUUUAAGUCCAGCAAAUUUCAGCAAAUUUGCUGGAUCAUUGUAGGAUUUGAUAAAAUUUUUAUGGGUUCUGUUUUUUUUUUUUUGG